AUGGUAGAAGCCCUUCUGAAACAUAUGCCAAAAAGACGUAUUUGGGAUGUGGAAGGUAGAGUGCGGGGGAAAAAACUUGGAGACAACAAGUUCCAAUUUGAGUUUGACAAGGAAGAAGAUAUGAUGAAGGUAUUCCAACGUCGGCCAUGUCACUUUAACAGAUGGAGCUUCUCACUGGAAAAAUGGCUCCCAACCAUUAAGGAAAACUUCCCAAACAUGCUAUUGUUAUGGGCUACAGUGUCUGGGAUACCAAUACACUAUCGUAAAUUGGAGACGUACGAAAGUGUUGGGAAGGCUCUUAGAACUUUUGAUAUAGCUGAUGUGGAGGGAGGUCGUGUGAGGGUAUCCGUUAAUGGAGUCUUACCUCUAAAAUUUGAGUGCAAAGUGGGCUUUGAUAACGGGGAUGUGGUGAAAGUCGUUAUUAAAUACGAGGAUCUUCAUCGGUAUUGCUUUACUUGUAAAAGGAUCUCACAUGAAGAAGGGACUUAUCCAGAACUUACAAAGAAACAAAGAGAAGAUAACCGUCUUUUAAGAUUGGAGGAGAAAGAGCGUGAGGAAAGGGCAACUCGAGAAGCUUUCUCAACACCUCAUCGCAUCAAUGCAGGGGAUUAUAACAUGGCUUUGAACCGCGAUUACAGAGGCAAAGAUCUUAGGAAAGAGGUUCAAACCAAUAACGUAUUGCGGAACGAGAGACGUAGCGAUCAUGAGUACUCCCAUGACCUCCGGAAAAAAGCUUACGGAGAGGAAAGAGAGCUUCCCCGAGAUCGGGAGAGAUACCAUCCGUAUCAACACAGUUCUAGGGUGGAAUCCAGAGGAAAAAGCAGAGACACAGCCUCUUCUUUGGAAUGGAGAAGGAAAUACCACCAUGACAUGAGUCACGAUAGGAGUAAGAACUGCACAUCGAGGUCUGAGAAUCUCAGAGGAAAGCAUUGGGAGAGACCUGAUAAACGUCUCUCAACAAGACGCUCACCUACUGACUCACAGAGGACAAUCUCAGACCACUUCCCAAGUAAGUGGCCUCGAUCUUACCCUGGGGGAAGACGGUCACGUUCCCCUCCCUCUCAAGGUAAAAUGGAAUGGAGACCAGUGACUAGGACUAGGGAAACAGAGGAGAACAGUGGAACACAGAGGCCAAGAAAAGAAACAGGAAAUAAUGGAUCACCGAUGGAGCAGAGCAAGACUGAAUCCUCGACGGUUUUGAGAGCGCAAAGGGAAGCUAAUGUAACAACAAAGGACCAUGAACCUCGGGGAGAACUUGAAGUGGAAAAAGAAAAAGAACAAAUCAGAAGUCAGUCAAACGUCCCUGAAAUAGCGAACCAUGGGUUGGCACCCGACUUGGAGAAGGAAACUACGGAAGUUACAGAAAGGCGAAAAAAGGACAAGGAGAAUGAGGAUGUUGAUCUUGAUAUAAGUAUUGAUGAAUACGCUGAAAUGGCGAUGAACGAAGAAAUGAUAGAUGCUGAAAUCCGCCGCCGGUGGGCCUGUCCGGUGAGAACUCUCCCUCCCCUCUUCUCUCUCUUCUCACACUCUAUUUCUCUCAUGAGCCCGCGUAAGAAGAAGCGCCGCCAGCAGGCUGCGCGAACAUCCAAGUUCAGCCGUGUGGUGGCUAUGUCCUCUGCCGCCGCUGCCGCUAAGAAGGCGUCAGUAUCCCAUCCUCCCAUCAACGAGUCGUCUGUUGAUGUGGUUCCCACCGUUGAGGUUGCUCUCGCUGAGGCUGGUUCCCCUGUCUCUGAUACGGUUGCUCCUAUUUCAGUUUCUCAGCCUUCAAACGGCUCUGAUUGUAACAACUCUACACCCAUGGGUGGAUCUAGUCCGACGGCGGAGCCGUUAGCUACAGGAACAGGCUCAAUAACUCAAUCCGAGUCGACUGAAGUACAUCCUUCUGCUCUACCUUGUGUAGAGGAAAUUCAGGAAGUUGCAGUUGAAUACGCCAAGUCCCCUGUAGCACAUUGA